AUGCUUGCAUUACUUAUAAGCUUAACUCUAAGUGCAAAUAUUUGGACAUAUACUAGAACUUCCUAUGAAGGUCAGAAAUGCUAUCAACUAAAUAUUGCAGAAUUUGAGAAAGUUUUAUUGUCAACACAAGAUACUGGAGCCGAAUUUAGAAUCCAGCUUAUUGAUUAUAAUCAAGAACUCUCAUACUAUAAACUCAAGCCAAUCAAAAUGUUUGCCAAAGAAGUAAGAGACAAAUAUCCAAAUGAACAUUACGCAUUCACAGGUUACAAAGAAGGAAAACCAUCUGAAAUUAUUGGUUUGGUUUGGUGCUUUAAAGUGCUCAAGCAAUUCUGGAUGAUUUUGCCAGCUACAAUAGAAAUCAAAAAAACUAUAACUGAAUAUGUUUUAUUCAACCCCGAUUACCUUGCCACACGUAAGCUGAAUGAAAUUGAUAAUUUCAAUUCUACAAUCAAUCAUAUCCUCAACCAAGUUGAUGAAGUCACAGCAGAAUUCAAACAUCAUCUCCAUGAUGCUGAUUCAGAAGGUGAAUCCAUAGAGCAAGAAUGGACCAUAUUAAAAUUAUUCGAUUUGUACCUUUCCCAACCGUAG